AUGCCACAUAAAUUAAAAUCACAAAUAAUCGAUAAUAAUGAUUCGCUGGAAGAAGGGAAUCGUAAAAAUAAUAAAAGCUACCAACAAUCCGGAGUCGGUCAUGGACACGUAAAUUGCCACGGAGUGGAAUGUCUUCAAUGUAAAAACGGAUUCGUUAACGAUGUUUUCGUGCCGGAUAACGAAGAUGAUGAUAAUGACAAGGACGAAACGAAUCCUGAAAAAUGUAAUCCGUUUGAAAAAAACAACAGAAACAUAAUACAAAACAUUUGUCAAAUCGAAUUGAGUCGAGAAAGUUUUAAAAAAAAUAAUAAUCAUAAUUACAUGGGAGAAUCAAACGAAAAAGAAUGUUUAAUGGAUUUCGACGAACUUCUCCCGUACGUUGGAGAAUUUGGAAUUUAUCAAAAGCUAUUAUUUUUUCUCAUGAUACCCUUUGCUUUUUCAAUUGCUUGGGUUUAUUUAGGUUCAAUUUUCAUAUUGUUAACGCCGGAAAAACAUUGGUGUCACGUACCCGAGCUCGUCGAUUUCAAUUUAACACUGGAAGAAAGAAUGUCGUUAUCCAUCCCGAAAAUAGGAAACGGGAGCGAAUACGAAAAAUGUAGAAUGUACGGUGUUAAUUACACGGAAGUAUUAGAAGCUGGAAUCAAAGAACCCGAUCCGGAUUGGCCGAAAAUAUCAUGUGUUUCCGGUUGGGAAUACGAUUAUUCCGAUACUCGUUAUCCUAGUAUAAUUACAGAAUUAAAUUGGGUUUGUGAAAAUUCAGCAUUGCCAAGUGCGUCGCAAUCCGUUUUUUUUGUUGGUUCCAUAGUCGGUGGUCUUAUAUUCGGUUGGGUUGCAGACCGUUAUGGAAGAAUUCCAGCAUUGGUCGGUACAAAUUUUAUGGGUUUGAUUGGAGGUCUCGCGACGGCUUUUGUACAAAAUUUCUGGUCUUUUUGUUUUUGCCGGUUUUUGGUCGGACUCUCAUUCGACAAUUGCUUUACAAUGAUGUACAUUUUAGUUUUAGAAUAUGUCGGUCCGAAAUGGCGAACUUUUGUCGCAAACAUGUCCAUUGCGAUUUUUUUCACAAUUGCCACAGUCAUACUACCGUGGUUGGCUUUAUACGUGGCAGAUUGGAGAAUAUUUUCAAUAAUAACAUCAUUACCUUUAAUCGUAGCCUGUCUAACGCCUUGGCUGAUACCGGAGAGUGCGAGAUGGCUCGUGUCUCAAGGUCAAGUCGAUAAAGCUAUUAACAUAUUGAAAAAGGUUGAAAGAGUCAAUAAAACUCACGUGGAUGAAAAACUUUACGAAAAAUUUAAAGAUGAUUGUCAAAAGCAGAAAAAAUUAGAAGAAGUUGAUAAAAAUUAUUCUGUCCUUGAUCUCUUUUCCAGUAAAAGACUUAGAAGAGUAACAUUAUUACUUAUAAUUAUUUGGAUGGCCAUAUCGCUUGUUUUCGAUGGCCACGUGAGAAGCGUCGGAGCUUUCGGUUUAGAUGUUUUUCUUACAUUUACAAUUGCAUGUGCGACUGAAUUCCCAGCGGAUAUGUUUAUCACACUUGUUUUAGAUAAAUGGGGUAGACGAUGGUUGGCAUGUGGGUCGAUGGUUCUAAGUGGAGUUUUUAGUAUUUUGUCGACAACGGUUCCUUUUGGAGCUGCAUCAGCCUCUUUGGCAAUUAUUGGAAGAUUUGCCAUUAAUGUCGCUUACAAUAUCGGUUUACAAUAUGGUGCUGAAGUUUUACCAACCGUGGUUCGAGCUCAAGGGGUAGCUUUAAUUCACAUAAUGGGCUAUGUUGCUAGUAUCGUGGCUCCGUUUAUUGUGUACCUCGGAGAAAUUAACACGUCUUUUCCACUUUUAAUUCUUGGAACUCUAGGCAUUAUUGGUGGAAUUCUCACGCUUUUGUUACCUGAAACAUUAGAUCAAGAAUUACCUCAAACGUUGGAGGACGGUGCUAAUUUUGGAAAAGAUCAAAAAUUUUGGGAUUUCCCCUGUAUAAGAGGUCAAAGUGAUUAUGAUGAUGAUGAUCUCCCACCGACCGAAUUGAAACGAGUGCGAUCCAAAAAUUUUUCAAUUGGUAGAGCUUCAAUAAGAGGAGAAGUUUACAGAUCGUCCAUGAUCUUACGUAAUUCUCUCAGAUCUAGAAAAGACCUUACAAUAACAAAAAAUUAA